GUAAAUAACAAAACAGUUAUCGCCGCACACGUCAGGACUAACGGUAUACGCCAGACGGAGAGAAAGCGUUGAGGAUUCCAUUCAAGUGAAAGCCCGCGCGCGAGUCGCAUCGUAUCGCUGUCAUAACCUUUAAAAUCAUAAAAUGCUCGCGAUAACAAUUGCUGUAACAAUAACUGUUGCCUCGGCAAUUUACUGGUACGUGAAUAGACAUAAACCUGUGAAACACAUCCUGAGUGAGGCGAGAUAUUUCCUCGACAUGCAAGGAGCCGGCGCCGGCGGUUUGAUCGACGACUGGAUAAGCGUACGGUGGAACAGGAUAGAGUUGCCAGAUGCGAAAAAUAAAAUUGCCGUAAUCACCGGAGGCGCUCGAGGCAUCGGCACCGAAGUUGUCCGUGGACUUUUAAAGUCAAACGUGACUGUCGUUAUGGGAGUAAGAAACCCGGAUUCUGUCAAAUCUUUGAGUCAAUCAAUGGAGAAUGGAGACAAAAUACACGCAUACAAACUAGAUUUGCAGUCAUUGAAAUCUGUCAAGAGUUUCGCUGAGAAUAUAUUGGACAAGUUUCCGGAGAUAGAUAUGCUGGUGAAUAAUGCUGGGAUAAUGUUUGGGGAUUACAAACUGACAGAAGACGGUUUUGAAACACAGUUAGCUGUCAAUCAUUUGAGUCACUUUUAUUUGACACAUCUAUUGUUGCCAGCUUUAAAAAAAGGGGGAAAAGUUGAUACAGCGAGGGUUGUGAACGUGUCUUCAUGUGGUCACUAUCCAGGGAAGAUAUAUUUUGACGAUAUAAAUAUGAAGGAACAUUAUGACACUACAGCUGCUUAUGCACAAUCUAAACUGGCACAGAUAAUGACAGCGAGGUACCUCAACAGGCUUUUAGAACAGAAUAAUUAUCCCAUCAAAUGUUAUUCAGUCCAUCCAGGCAUUGUUGAUACUGAUCUAUUUGAGAAAUCCAACUUCUCAAAAUUCCCUUGGCUGAAAAAACUGCUUUUCAAAACACCGGAAAAGGGGGCAGUUUCUGUACUUUAUGCCUGCUUUAACAAUGAUAUUCUUAAAAAGGGGGGACUAUAUAUUUCAAAUUGUAAAGCAGGAUUUAGUAAUAGGUUUUCCAGGAAUGAAAAACAUCAAGAAAAUUUGUUUAAACUAUCUUGUGAGUUAGUUGGAAUUGAUGCAGAGAAGUUUGGGAUAUGAAAUGAUUGAUUUAAGUUCAAAUGUUUUGUGGGAACAGAACAUCAAUGAAUUAAUGAAAACAAUAAGUACUUUUAUAGCAAUUUUAUAAAAUUUAAGACCAAAAAUUUGGUUAAAUCGCUCAAACUAUUACAUGUAAUUUUUUAUAUUAAAUAUAAUAUUAUGAUACAUUUUAUAAUAAAUAUAAUAUUUACAUAUUGUACUCAUUUCUGCAUUUAUGGAAUAAACUGUUUAUUUUCUGUAA